AUGGAGAAGAGGAAGGUCUCCCAGAAACAUGAGCAGUCAAUGAUCCAGCUGACUUCAGCUGAGAGGAGUCCAGAGGUUGCAAGGAGAAUAGACUCAGGCUCAUCAAGUCUUUCCGAUACCAGAAGCACCACAGCACCCAGUAACAGAAUCAAUGCUGUUGCAGAAGCCAUUGUGAUAGGCACUGAUGUUAGUACCAAGGGGGUCAAGGAUUCCAUUGAAGCUGGUCUCUUGGUAGCAGAAGUCAUUGAUACUGAGACCUUUACCACUGAGACAAUUUACGAAAACAGAAUAUACAGCCUUAAAAUAGAAAGUGCGCCUAAAUAUCCAGAAGCACCUCCAUUUGUAAGAUUUGUAACAAAAAUUAAUAUGACUGGAGUAAAUAGUUCUAAUGGAGUGGUGGAUCCCAGAGCCAUAUCAGUCCUAGCAAAAUGGCAGAAUUCUUAUAGUUUCAAAGUUGUUCUGCAAGAGCUUCGGUGUCUAAUGAUGUCUAAAGAAAAAAUGAAACUUCCUCAGCCACCUGAAGGACAAUGUUACAGCAAUUAA